UCUCGUACAAAACGAGAGAAAAACGAGAGCCAAGGCCGGAAGUCGUGUGUGAGACGUUUUGCAGUGUUCGGAGUCACCAGGCUCCACUACAAAAAACAAGAUGCCGAGGAUUAUGAUCAAGGGCGGUGUGUGGCGGAACACUGAGGAUGAAAUUCUGAAGGCCGCUGUUAUGAAAUAUGGGAAAAACCAGUGGGCCAGAAUAGCAUCAUUGUUGCACAGAAAGUCUGCGAAACAGUGUAAAGCCAGAUGGUUUGAAUGGCUGGAUCCAAGUAUUAAGAAGACUGAAUGGAGCAGAGAGGAAGAGGAAAAAUUGUUACAUUUGGCCAAGUUGAUGCCUACACAAUGGAGGACAAUCGCCCCAAUUAUUGGACGUACCGCUGCCCAGUGUCUAGAGCACUAUGAAUACCUACUUGACAAAGCACAGAAUCGAGAUGAAUCUGAGGAUGACCCAAGGAAACUUAGGCCUGGGGAGAUUGAUCCCAAUCCUGAAACAAAACCAGCAAAGCCAGACCCAGUCGACAUGGAUGAAGAUGAGUUGGAGAUGUUGUCCGAAGCCAGAGCUAGGCUUGCAAACACACAGGGUAAAAAAGCCAAACGCAAAGCUAGGGAAAAACAACUGGAGGAGGCUAGGCGAUUGGCAGCUUUACAGAAAAGACGGGAGCUUAGAGCAGCAGGCAUAGACAUCAAGAAACAGAGAAAGAAAAAGAGAGGAGUAGACUACAAUGCCGAAAUCCCAUUUGAAAAGAAACCAGCUCCAGGUUUCUAUGACACAACUGAGGAGGUUUAUGUGGCAGAGGAACCUAACUUCAAGCGUCUGAGACAACAAAACCUGGAGGGAGAGCGUAGAUCUGACAAAGAGGAGAAAGAGCGAAGGAAGGACAAACAAAAACAGAAGAAGAGGAAAGAGAAUGACCUACCAGGUGCCAUUGCCAGCCAAAGCAAUUUUCAGGAACCUGUAAAGAAAAGGAGUAAGUUGGUGUUGCCGUCUCCUCAGAUAUCGGAUGCAGAACUUGAGGAGGUCGUGAAGGUAGGUCAGGCAAGUGAAUAUGCCCGUCAACAGGCAGAGGAGAGUGGUACCCAGGACGGGGCAAGUCAGGCCCUACUUCAGGACUACAGCCUUAACCCCACAGCUGCCAACCUCCGCACCCCCAGGACUCCGGCUUUACAGGACAAUAUCAUCCAGGAAGCACAGAACAUCAUGGCCUUGACAGUGGUGGACACACCCCUCAAGGGCGGCCUUAACACACCUCUCACAGAGUCCGACUUCAGUAGUGUCACUCCUAAACACAACCUACCACAGACCCCCAACACCAUGAUAACCACACCUAUGAGAACCCCUGGGCCAGGCGAGGGACCAGGUAUGACCCCUCAGAUGGGUGGAAUGACCCCCCGGGGAAUGCCCGGACAACAAACGCCACUGAGGACUCCUGUUAGGGACAAGCUCAAUAUCAACCAGCCGGAGGAGAACUUUGACAUGGCAGUCAGCGACCAAUACUACCAGCAAGACCUGAAAAAACAGCUGAAACAAGGCCUGGCCAGUCUGCCACGUCCUAAGAAUGACUACGAGAUUGUGGUCCCUGAGGACAUGGAGCAGGCAGGUGACGAUCAGAUGGAGACAGACACAUAUGUAGAGGAUCAGGCUGAUUUAGACCAACAUUACGAGGAAAUCCAGCAUGCCAAACGUAUGAAGGAGUUGAGACUUCGUUCUCAGGCAGUUCAGUUGGACCUUCCACGACCAUCGGAUAUUAACAAAAAUAUUCUCCGUGUUGUUGGACAGGGCGACCCACCUCUGAUGGAACUACAAAAGGCUGAAGAGCUGAUUAAGAAGGAGAUGCUGACUAUGCUACACUACGAUGCUGUAUACAGCCCCACCCCAGGACAGCUGGGUGUCAACCCCAACAGUAAGAAGCCAAGUCAGAAAGGAGUGGUUAAUCAGGCCCAACAUCUAGCUUUCCUGGAGCAGCAUCCCUACGCCAGCUACACUGAGGAAGAUCUGGAUGGGGCGAAGCAGCUGCUGAAGCGAGAGAUGGAGGUGGUGAAGACCGGGAUGAACCAUGGUGACUUGUCCAUUGAGUCCUACUCCCAGGUGUGGGAGGAGUGUUACUCCCAGGUGCUCUAUCUUCCCUCACAGAACCGAUACACACGUGCCAACCUGGCCAACAAGAAGGACCGUAUAGAAUCUUUAGAGAAACGUCUGGAGGGAAACCGAUCACACAUGACCAAAGAUGCAAAACAAGCAGCCAAGCUGGAGAAGAGGUUGAAGAUCCUUCUUGGAGGCUAUCAGUCCCGUUCCCAAGGUUUUAUUAAACAAAUCCAUGAUGUGUAUGAGCAAAUUGAGCAGACCUUUGUAGAGUUGAAAACAUUUGAGAAUCUGCGACAACACGAGUUGGGAGCUAUACCUAAACGAUCUGAAUCAUUAACAGAAGAUGUACAGAGACAGACAGACAGAGAAAAAGAGUUACAGAAAAAGUUCAGUGAACUUCAGUAUCGAAAAGAUAUCUUACAGUAUGAGAGAAGGUGAAAGGUCAAGUUGUCAGCUACAGACAUGUGAGGAAGUGAAAGAAAGUUGUAAUCAUUUAAUGAAAGGAGAAUGUGAAUGGAUUUUGAAGUUGUAAGUUACAGAAAAGAUAUUAGAUAGAUGAAAGUAAGUUGGUACAAGAUGCAAUGAUGUGUCAGUCAUUGAAAAGACAUUUUCUCUAACGAAGGAAGUGAAACUAAUUCUGAUGAUAAUGAGUAAAAUUAUUUUAUGUUAACAGGAAUGAAACUUUUUGCCACUGGUAGAAAGUUCAGAAGUACAGACAUUGUGACAUUCCUUGAAUUUGAUAUACAGAGAAGAAUGUUAGGAAUGAGAUUAAUUUCAAAAAUCAACUUAGCUUCUAAACUUUGAAAGAAUCUACUAGACCUGUAUACAAUCAUGUUUAAUAGAAGAUUACCUAAAUUAUGUUUUUCUUUAUUUUAAGGAUCCUUGCACCACCGCCAAACCAAAUACUAUGCGUUAAAUUUUUGUAUGACAUUAAAAUAGCAAUGAUAUUUAAAACCAUUCUAAAAAAAAUCUUGUUUCUUUUGAAACUUUUCCAAGACCUAUUGUAGUUUAUCAAUUUGGUUUUCUAUUAUUUAGUUCAAUUAAGAUUGUUUAAAUUGAGAUGAAAGCAUUAAAUAAGAGGGCCAGUCAAUGAUAAGUUGUGACCUGGCACUCCUGCCAGAAUUAAAUCCACAUCAAAUUUAGAAGGAAAACGUUAAGGGCUAUUAACCAGUGGCCUCAUGGAGACCAGUGUUUUACCAUCGUCAUUGGGACAGGGAUCCUUAAUCUGAUUCAAACGGGUUAUUAACAUCUUUAAUUAAUGUUUACUUGUAAUAAAUGUUUGUGUCUAAAACUUA